GCCUCCCCACCAUAUUGAAAACAACCGAAGGUCGACGCUGAUCUCGAUCGCAACAGAGUAUUCUUUGGUUAGGUUAUUGGCUACGUUUGACGUCUUCUGUUAUAAUAUGAUUUCAGUAAUUAAAUAGUUUAAAAACUGAACAAAAUGGAAGUUGGUGGUGAUUUAACACUACAGUGGGUAGAAGAAGUGGGAAAUGUAGAACUCCAUGAGGAAGUGAUAUGUGAUUUGGAAGCACAAUUGGUUGCUACAGAAGAAGAGGUUAUUGGUGCUUGUGAGGAAGUAGCAGUAGAAGAAACUGUUGAAUCUGUCCCUGAUGUAGCACCUACAACAGAAUCUGAAAUACUAAUGGUAUCCCAACCUAAUGACAUGGAAUCUAUUUAUAUUGUACCACAGGAUCAAGGUCAUGACUAUUUAAAUAUACAAGUGACAGAAGAAGUAAUAGCUGACAAUUGGGAUAGACAAGGUCCAGAUGACGGAGUCGAGAUUCCAGAGGCAAAAGUAGCACAUGAUAACUUGCUGGAAUAUGAUGACAUGGAGAUUCCGCUGCCAAUAAAUCAGGAUUCAAAUACUAACAUCCGACCAUAUCCAUGUGACUUCUGUAGUCGUAGAUUCCGGAAGAAAGCAAAUUUAAUGAAUCACAUGGUAGCACAUCAAACAGAUCGUCCACAUAGCUGCAAUCUAUGUGGAGCACGGUAUGUACGCAAAUGUGAUUUAAACAAUCAUCUGAAGAUUCAUGCAUAUGCGCCAUCAUCACGGGAUGGUCUGGAGGAUGAGAUAAACGAUGAGGAUAUCUUGGCACCAGAGGAAGAGGAUAUGACAACUACUGUCAAAGGAAGACGUAAAAAAGUGCAAUCAAAUAUGCCACGUAAACGAAGAGGUAAUAAUGCUACUGGUUUGCCAAAACGACAAAGCACUCAAGAUGCCAGUGGAGUCAAGAUGGAGAUGGGCAAUGGCAAUUAUGCAUCUAGUUCAAAAUGGCACGAAGAGAUGGCUGUUACCAAUGAGCAGCAAUCAUCAAGGUGGCCAAUAACUGAUACCACUAAGCCCUAUAUCUGUCAGUUCUGCGGUGUUGGUUUUGCAAGGGAGAAAGCGUUAGCUUCACAUGCACGUAUUCACGGUGGUGACAGUCCAUUUGAAUGUACUUCCUGUAGUGAAAUGUUUUGGGAUGUUAACAGUCUGCGAGAACACGUACGCGUUAAGCAUGGUGAUACUAUGCUUCAAUCUGACACAGAGGAAUAUGACAAUGACACUGCUUACGCAAGCGAAGAAAGAUUUGGCGAGUUUUACUGUAAUAUCUGUGCUGUACCAUUCCAUCGUCUGGAUCUACUUAAGCGUCAUCAAAAAAUUCAUAUCAAGCAAGAAACGGACACAAUGGAAGGUUCCAGUCAGCAUCACGUGUGCAAUGUUUGUGGUGAAUGGUUCGAAGAAGCAUUGGCACUAUUAGCACAUGCAGAACUUCAUGCUAGAUCUCCUAGUCGCCGUUGCUUGUUAUGUGGAGCAAGAUGUCGUGACGACGCCGACGUAGCGGAACAUGUACGGCAAAAUCACGCUGAGGAUGCGCCGCCGAAUACAUGUACACUAUGUGGGAAGACAUGCAAAGAUAAACGUAGUUUACUGAAGCAUUCAUGGGUCCACAAUGUCGAUAAAACUUUUGGUUGUACAAAAUGCGGAAAACGCUUUCAUAGUAAAGCCAGAUUGCGAAGGCAUAUGGUAUCACACCGUAAUAAGAUGGUAGCUUGUGAUGAAUGUGGUGAGGAAUUUCCUGACGGACGAGCUCUCGUAAGCCAUCGUCAUUCACAUAAUAAGGAUCUGGGCGGGCGUUCUUUUCCCUGCCGCGAAUGUGGAAAGACCUUUGGCAGUCGUAGCUCGCAACAAAUUCAUAUACGUAUCCAUACUGGCGAGAGACCAUAUGGUUGUCGGUUUUGUUGGAAGGCAUUUGCCGAUGGUGGUACUUUGAGGAAACAUGAACGUAUUCAUACUGGCGAGAAGCCUUAUGGUUGCGCCAUUUGUCCUCGAGCUUUUAAUCAGAGAGUGGUUCUCAGGGAACAUGUACGCGCCCAUCAUUCCGGACCAGACCCUAAAUACGUAGGCAGUGCAACACCAUUUUUAUGUAAGGUAUGCGGUGAAGCAUAUGGCACAUCUGAGGAAAUAGUGGCUCAUAUUGUGCAGCAUUGUGAUGACAAUACUGCAUUAAGACGUCAACCACAAACUGGUCCACGCAAGUACAAAAGAAGACGCAAAUUAAAACCUCAUGAGACCAACACAAUAUUGCGCAGGAACGAAUUUUAUGACAUGAUAGAAGGUGGUGAUGGUAGUGGCGGUGGUGGCGGCGGCGAUGGUAUAAGUGGCGGUAGUGGUGACGUUGGAGUUGGCGUUGGCGUCAGCAUUGGCAUUGGCGAUAGCAUUGGCGAUCAUGGUGGCGAUAAUGGUGGCAGUGGUAGUGGCGGCAACGGAGGUAUUGGUGAUUCCGAUUCUGAGGAAAAUAUAAAACGGAAACUCAGUCGCAAAAACAAACAACAUAAAUCCAAUGUUGAGGAAGGUUAUCAAAAUGUGUUAAAAAGUUUUGAAAGUUCACUACAAAAUAUAAACUCAAUCGUGAACAACUCUAAAUUGAAUACGUCAAAGUCGAAGCUUUCGAAAAAAAAGCUACGCAAAGAAGAGAAAAGAAGCGAGACACAAGCGUCGAAUCAAUCAGGUCGACCAAAAAUGAUCCACACACAAAAAACGCGAGUGCCAGUGGAGGUGGGUAGCGACGGUGUGAAGAAAGGACAGAAAACGAAAACAAUGGUAACCCGAACGCCAAAGGUCAUGCCAAAUGAACAUAAGCCAGGCAUCUUUUCGGGCGGUGAGAGGAAUCGGCCGCGCACUAAAAACGUUAGUUAUCAUAUUGAGGGCAAACAACAACUCUCACCGGCAACGUUCUUAAAGAUGAAAGAAGAUACAGAUCCGAUGUCGAUGCAACAGCAAUCGCAACAGCAAUUGCUGUUGACAAACAUCAAAGUCGAAUCAGAUGCACAAAAGGCAGCGUCCACAGGCGGCAGUCAUAGGAAUAACAAUGGUAAUAUGCUUGGUCUUCUUAAGAGUGAAUCAUUAGCCAAGAAAAAGUCAUCUACCCUAAAGAAAACUAAAAGACAGAAACACAUAGUAAAACAAGAACGUUCGGAUACGUCUGAGUCAGGUACCGAAGAACAACAAGAACAGCAACAUCAAGAAUAUCAGUUACAAUUACGAAAUAACAACAAUGUAACGGAAAAUAAUGGCGAUUCUGUACGGUUGAUGGACCAUACAAUGGAUGGUAGUAAUUUGGAAGUAGCUUUCGAGGCGAGUGUCGUGACUGCAGAAGACCAGGAGGACGAGGACGACGAUGAGGAAGAAAGUAUUUUGCCUGAUACCGGAGAAGAGAUUGGCAAUGGGGAUGUUAAACUAAGUGUGAAAGUGGAAUCGGCGCCGCAACGGAUGCUGGCCGUUCAUAGUGUUAUCACGCCGGUAGAUGAUGUCCCGGAAACGAUAAUACCGGACGCUGUGGAAUAUACGUGCGAGAUGUGUGCGGCAGUGUUUUCGAGCCGCGCCGAAUUAUUGGUCCACGUACCGAUACAUAUUUGAUUUGAUUUAAUUUGUCCAAGUUGGUCAGCAUGGAGAUAUGUUUUCUCGGAUUUUUGUGUUCCGCGUGGUAAUGAAAGGAUUAUACAGGGUAAGUCACAAGAAACAGGAGACCUAAAUAUCUGUCAAGUUUAAAAAUAGAUGAAAAUAUCUAAUAAAACUUAUACUGAUAUGAAUGGACAAAUUACAAGGUAAAAACGCAUUAUCCUUUAAAAUUACCUUCAAGACUGUAUUAAAAUGACUCUUUUUUUCUUAAUGAGAUCAUAUUAGUUUUCUUAUUGAGAUCAUAGUUUUCUCUUUUUCGAAAAAGUCGAUUCCAUUUGCCACUCUAUUAAGACUCCUGGUUCUUCGCCACACAGCUUAUGAUUGAUGAUGUUAGAAGCGAGAAAAUAUACAUAGUAGAUCCUUGCAAAAUAUGUUGAGAUAAAAAAAUAUAUUUAUAAAAUGAUAUUAGUAAUAGAUCAAGCAAAUAUGUAAAAUAGCUAUAAAUAGCAAAUAUGUACAAUAGAACAUUUUCCUUUACUCUAACAAUAAAUAAAUUACCAUACAAUUAACGUGACAUAUUCAAUCUACUUUUUUAAGGCCCUUGGUCCUUUGCCGUGAAAUUCUUGUUUGAUGAUGUCAGAAGCGAGAAAAUGCAUCAAUCAAAUUUCUUGCGUGCCAUUUUCAAAUAAAAAGAUAUUUUUAUGAAAAAAUAUUUUAGGUUGCUAGAGUAUAUUUGUAAAAUGCUCUAAACAUUAUGCUUUUUCUUUGAAAGUUAAUCAACAGCUGUAAAAUAACUAAAAUAUGGGAUUACAUAUACAUAAUGAUUGCGCAUGCGCCUGAUUAAAUUUCGUAUUAAAGCCAUUUUAUAGUUGUUGAUUAGCAAGGAAGAAAUAUAUAUGUUCAGAGCAUUUUACAAAUAUGCUUUAGCUAUCUUAAGUAUGCUUUCAUACAAAUAUCUUUUUAUUUGAAAAUAAUAUGCAAGAAUUUUCAGCAUGUUAUUUCUUGCUUCUGACGUCACUGCCGAAUAUAGCUGCGGCAAGUUUACCUAGGAGUCUUAACUUAUCUUUUCUCAUGAUUCUGUCAUGUUAAUUUGUUAUUUAUCGAUUAUUAGGGCAAAGGAAAGGUAUUCAAAUUAUUUUACAGAUUUAUUCUGUCGAUUAUAAAUGUCAUUUUGUGAAUAUAUAUAUAUUUCA